CGUGCAGUAAGUACUUGUUUUGAAGGUGAGUCAACCAUGGAAAGAGAAGUAAAAAAGAGAAGUGAAAAGAACGGCGUGAAAGGAGCACCUAAAUUAUCGCCUGCGAUCCCUGCUGGUAUUGAUGAGGGGGCGUGCGCUCACGUUGUCUCUGUCCCUGCAGUCGAGAUCGGGUGGGCAUAGACGUUGUUUUGUCAUUUUAAUUUUUUCACUCAAUUAUUUUGCUCGGAUUCUGAGAUGAAAGAGAGAUAAAAGAGUUGGAGAUGCUUGGCUUUCUUGGAGCUUGUUCAAGCCAGCUAUUGCUCGAAUUUAGUUGAUCAGUUUGUGUAAAUUGGAGUAGAUUGACUUGGAGUACUUAAUUUUGUUUUUGGUUGUUUGGAGAGUAACGUUGGUUGGUUUUCGUUGAUUGAGUUCAAGUUAUAUCAAAGAUCUUCUUGGUGGUCGAUUUCAAGGGGGAGGAGACGAAUGAAAACGAUUUUGGAGUAUAAUUACCUACCCGUCUGAAUUCGGUGGCACCAAUACUUUAACCAAGUUGGUGUUCUUCUGAUUCGACUACUGUGGAGGUCGGAAACGAAUCCGAACGCGAGUGAUGCCUCAUGCUCAACUCUUUUCGCUGAAUGGAGUUCAAGUCGGAGAAACUCGUGAGAUUUUAUCGCUCUGAGGGGAACUCCAUGCUCUCCUGGGAGAAAGAUAACGCACCCCACACAGCAAAACUGAAUGCACGUGAUGCAUCAGCUCCCUUCCUGAAGCAGGGGAUUUUCACAUCUGCCGGGAAAAAGCGCUUUGACGAGGAUGACAGGCCAUGGAGCAAGUGUAUUUUCGAUCCUGGAAGCGAAAUUAUUCUCCUAUGGAACAACAUUUUUCUCAUGUCAUGUUUAGUAGCACUUUUGCUUGAUCCGCUGUAUUUUUACCUUCCAUCUUUGAGGAUUUCGGCCUCCUGCAUGGAUACAGAUUUGAAUCUGGGAAUAGUUGUUACCAUUUUCAGAACAAUUGCAGAUGUUUUUUAUUUUUUGCAUAUGCUGAUUAAGUUUCGAAUUGCAUAUGUUGCACCAAGUUCACGCGUGUUUGGUAGGGGUGAGCUCGUCAUGGAUCCUAAACAGAUCGCCGUUAGGUACUUGAAAUCAGAUUUCUGUAUUGACCUUGUUGCAGCGCUUCCUCUUCCUCAGAUGGUCAUUUGGUUCGUUAUACCUGCAGUAAGAGGCUCCAAUUCUGAUCAUGCCAAUAAUGCACUAGCUAUGAUUGUUCUGUUCCAGUACUUUCCCAGAUUGUAUCUGAUUUUCCCAUUAAGUGCUCAAAUUGUCAAAGCUACUGGUGUUGUGACAAAGACUGCAUGGGCAGGGGCUGCUUAUAAUCUGCUGCUUUACAUGAUUGCAAGCAAUCUUUUGGGAGCAUCUUGGUAUCUUCUUUCUAUUGAGCGGCAGGCAACAUGUUGGAAGAAAGAAUGCAGGAAUGAUAGUUCGUCUAUUUGUGAGCCUAAAUUUUUAUACUGCAAGACAUCUGGUAAUAGCAUCCGUGAGGCUUGGAAAAAUGGGACAAAUGUAUUUGCUAACUGUAAUCCCAAUAACAGCACAUUCAAUUAUGGCAUUUUUGGGAGAGCUUUAACUGAUAAUAUUGUCUCAUCAAAGUUCCUUGAGAAAUACUUUUAUUGCCUAUGGUGGGGUUUGCAGCAACUAAGUUCCUAUGGGCAGAAUUUGGAGACAAGCACCUUUAUUGGGGAGACAGCAUUUUGCAUUCUUAUUUCCAUAGUGGGUCUAGUUCUUUUCGCACAUUUGAUCGGAAACAUGCAGACUUAUCUGCAAUCCCUUACUGUGAGGAUUGAAGAGUGGAGGCUGAAGAGAAAGGACACAGAGGAGUGGAUGAGACACCGUCAGCUUCCUCCAGCUCUGCAGAAUCGUGUCAGGCGGUUUAUUCAAUACAAAUGGAUUGUAACCCAAGGUGUUGAUGAAGAGUCCCUCUUAUCUGGCUUGCCUACGGACCUCCGACGAGACAUCCAACGACAGUUAUGCUUGGACCUUGUUCGGCGUGUCCCCUUUUUCUCUCAGAUGGAUGAUCAGCUAUUGGAUGCCAUAUGUGAGCGUCUCGUCUCCAGCUUAAGCACAGAAGGUACAUACAUCGUACGUGAGGGGGACCCUGUCACAGAGAUGCUAUUCAUUAUUCGAGGGCAACUUGAGAGUUCCACGACUAAUGGAGGAAGAACUGGUUUCUUCAACUCCACAGCCUUAAAUCCUGGAGAUUUCUGUGGUGAAGAGCUGCUCUCAUGGGCUUUACUUCCUAAAUCCACGGGUAAUCUUCCAUCUUCAACAAGAACUGUCAGGGCACUGAGUGAAGUGGAAGCUUUCGCAUUACGUGCAGAAGACCUGAAGUUUGUUGCCAACCAGUUUAGGCGGUUGCACAGUAGGAAGUUACAGCACACAUUCCGCUUUUACUCUCAUCAAUGGAGGGCAUGGGCAGCUUGCUUCAUACAAGCCGCAUGGCGCAGCUACAAGAAGAGAAAAUUGGCAAGGAAGCUAAUAAUGCAAGAGUCGUACUUUGUACUGGCAGAACAAGAAGAGGAAGAUGAGGAAAUGCAAAUGCAUACUGAGACAGCCCCAGAGGAUAUGCCUGAUACAACACAAAACGAUUCUUUCAGAAUGAUUGCCUCUAGGUUUGCUGCAAACGCAAGGAAAGGAGCUCAAAAGAUCAAGUCAGCCGCUGCACCAAGUUUGCCUGGACAGUUGCCCAAACUACAGAAGCCUGAUGAACCCGACUUUUCUAGAGAGCCUGAAGAGGAAGAUUAACAAGCUGCUAACUCCAUUCCAGGUCUAGCCAGAUGGAGAUCACAGACUCAAAUGGGAUACUUGCAGUUUCAAAACCAACACCCCCACCCCCACCCUCACUCCCCCAAACAGAAACAAGGGAUCAUUUUCAAUAUUUCGUUUCCUGUAUUUUAUGUGUGUAUGUUAGAGAGAUGAAACGGGUGCUGUUACUUGUAUGUAUCUCUGCUUGCUAAAAUUUUAUUUAUUUGUUAUCAUGUUUAUUGUGA